AUGUUUCAGUACUCGAGUGCAGCAGCAGCAGACCCCGCAGCAGCAGCAGCAGCAGCAGACCCCGCUGCUGCAGCAGCAGACCCCGCAGCAGCAGCAGCAGCAGCUGCUGCUGCUGCAGCAGGGCCUCCCCUCUGCAGCACUUCUGCUGUCUUCAUGCUCAGCAUGCUUCUCUUCAAGACGCAGCUGCAGGCGCUCCUGGGCGUGAACUCCCCCGCGAGUCUGCAGCAGCAAGCUGCUUUUGCUGCAGCAGGCAACAGCAGCUAA